UUCAGCAUGCAUAUCUAGGGAAUUGGUAGUCUGGCUAGGCUCAUUGGCAAUAAAUCAACCUUGUCUACCCGGGACAUUUUUCGUGUCUUCUAGUCUGAUGAACAGCGAAUCCUGUAACAUAUGUAGUCAGUUCUGCAACGUCUGUCAUAUGCUGGCGGUGCUGCACAUUAAUAAUCCUGAGCAAGGAGGGGCAGAAAGUGGGGAGGGGAAUUAUGCAAUAGUAGACUACGUGGGUAGCCACGGCGAUUAAUUCAGUCUAUUAUUUAAGAGGGGCAUGUUUCCGGGAUUAAGACUCCAGAUUGCCUCUUAAAUCACUUUUUUUUUAUCCUUGCUUUCUUUCUUGAACACCAUAAAAUAUCCUUCAAGAUGGCCUCUAACCCCCCUGGACCAUGCUGCACCACUGGCUUCAAGCACGAGGGUACUCCCGUCGGCGAAUUGAAGUCUGCUGGAGGUGUUGACACCUACGUUGUCUACCCCAAGAACAACAAGACUCCUGAGAAGGCUGUCGUUAUCCUGACCGACAUCUUCGGUAUCUUCGUCAACUCCCAGCUCAUCGCCGACGAAUUUGCCGAGAAUGGAUACUUGGUCGUCAUCCCCGACCUCUUCAAGGGUGACGCCCUCACUCACAGCGCCGUCGAAGCUGGAAAGGUCGACCUCCCUGCUUGGCUUGGAAACCACCAGACCUCUCACGUCGACCCCAUUGUCGAAUCGACUCUCAAGUACGUCAAGGAGGAGCUUGGUGCUAAGAAGGUUGCUGGUGUCGGAUACUGCUUCGGUGCCAAGUAUGUCACCCGCUACCUGAAGGGUGGAAACUUCGACGUCGGCUACCUCGCUCAUCCCUCGUUUGUCACCCACGAGGAACUUGGUGCCAUCACCGGUCCUCUGUCCAUCGCUGCUUCCGAAAUCGACAAUAUCUUCACCACUCAGCUCCGCCACGAGUCCGAGGCUACCUUGAUCAAGGCUGGCCAGCCCUGGCAGAUCAACCUCUACGGUGGCGUCACCCACGGAUUCGCCGUCCGUACCGACUUGAGCAACAAGUCUUUCAAGUUUGCUAAGGAGCAGGCCUUCGCCCAGGCUGUGAACUGGUUCAACCAGUACCUGUAAAUCAUGCAGUGUUGAUUCCUCCAUAAGUAAUGAACUAUAGCAUAUUCAUGAAUAAAAAUGAGAAAUGAAUCCCUUUCUGAUGGAGAU